CUUAGCUGGUGGGGCAUUUGCUUCUAGAACUAAAGAUCCUAGCUUUGAUACAAACUAUGAGAUUAUGUAGGGAAAUGAUCAUGUUCAAUCCAUAGACCAAGGAAGAGAAAUCCAGCUCUCUAUGGACAAGUCUUUUGGCUCAGGGUUUGGUUCCAAGUUGAGUUAUGGUUCUGGGUUUUUCUCUUUGAGAACAAAGCUACCUGAUAAGGACUCUGCAGGAGUAGUUACAGCUUUCUAUCUGAUUUCGAACAGCAAUAGUGAUCAUGAUGAGCUUGACUUUGAAUUCUUGGGUAACAAAGAAGGGAAGCCCUAUACAUUACAGACUAAUGUUUGUGCAAAUGGAAAAGGGAAUAGAGAGCAAAGAAUUCGACUCUGGUUUGAUCCUACAGCUGAUUUCCACACCUACAAGAUCCUUUGGAACCAACAUCAAGUUGUGUGUUAUGUGGACAUUAUUCCCAUUAGGGUUUUCAAGAACAAGAGAAGCAUUGGAGUUGGGUACCCAAGUCAAGCAAUGAAGAUAGAGGGAAGUACAUGGGAUGGGGAUAGUUGGGCCACAGAUGGAGGCCAAACAAAGAUAGAUUGGAGCAAAGCACCAUUCAAGUCUUAUUUCCAAGGUUUCAACAUUGAUGGUUGCCCAUCUACUCAGCCAGUUGCUUGUUAUUCUUCAAAGUAUUGGUGGAACAGUGAGAAGUAUUGGGAGUUAGAUUCUACCCAAGAAAGAGCAUACCAAGGUGUGAAAAGGAAUUAUAUGACCUAUGAUUACUGUUCUGAUAGUUCAAGAUACCCAACUCCUCCUGUAUGCCCUCAAUAA